CACCCAACCCUCCCUCCGCACCGCCGCCGCAUCUACCAGACCCUACUCACCGUCCCCGCCGGCCGGUGGACGACCUACGCCGCCCUGGCGCGGCACCUGGGCACGAGCCCGCGGGCCAUCGGCGCGGCGAUGCGGCUGAACCCCUUCGCGCCGGAGGUGCCCUGCCACCGCGUGCUGGGCGGUGCUGGGCGGCUAGUCGGGUACUCCGGGGGCCCUGGGGCGGCGCCGGGCAAGGCGAGGGAAGGCGUGGGGAUGAAGCGGCGGUUGCUGGAGGCGGAGGGGGUGCGCUUUGAUGGGGAGGGGGUGGCGCGCGGGGUUUGUUUUGUUGAGUUC